GAAUUAUAGUCUAACGUUAAACCCACAAUGAAUAUAAUAAAAAUAUUAAUUUUAUUACAAGCAAUUUAUAGCGGUGUUUUGGGUCUCAGCUUUACGGUUACCUCAAAAAUCUACAUGGAUGUAAAACAUCAAAAGAAACCUAUGGGACGCAUAGUUUUCGGUCUAUUUGGUAAGCGAGCACCGAAAACCGUUACCAAUUUUCGUCACAUCUGUUUGAGGGGUAUAAAUGGCACCACCUAUGUUGGUUCGGAAUUUCAUCGGGUCAUUAGUCGUUUUCUUAUACAAGGCGGUGAUAUUGUCAAUAAAGAUGGCACUGGUUCGACCAGUAUAUAUGGUGAUUUCUUUCAAGAUGAAGCAUUAGAUAUUGAGCAUAUUAGACCCGGCUAUUUGGGUAUGGCUAAUAGGGGACCCGAUACAAACGGCUGUCAAUUUUAUGUGACAACUGUAGCGGCACAAUGGUUAAAUGGUAAACAUACGGUGUUUGGUAAAGUUAUCGAAGGAAUGGAUACAGUUUAUGCUAUAGAAGAUGUUAAAACGGAUACCGAUGAUCACCCUAUAGAUCCAGUGGUUAUUGUAAAUUGUGGAGAAAUGCCAACAGAACCUUAUGAAUUUUAUCCAGAUGAUUUUAGCAUUAUGGGUUGGAUAAAGGCAGCCGGUUUACCAUUCUGCAGUUCAUUCAUAGUCUUAAUGAUUUUCCACUACUUUUUCCGCCAAUUAAAUAUGUAUUGUUAAAUAUAUAAAAAUAUAAAAUAAGUUUCAAAAUACAAAAUUAAAAAAAAAA